UUUCCUCUGGAAAGGUGGAGGUGGAGAAGCUUCAACAUCAUGGGGAAUGCAGGCAGCAUGGAUUCUAACCAGACUGAAUUCAAGGCGCACAAUAUGCCCCUAAAGCUGCCCAUGCCCGAGCCAGGUGAACUGGAGGAGCGAUUUGCGGUGGUGCUGAAUGCUAUGAACUUACCACCUGAUAAAGCCAGAUUGUUGCGGCAGUAUGAUAACGAGAAAAAAUGGGAACUUAUCUGUGAUCAGGAAAGAUUUCAAGUAAAGAAUCCUCCACACACAUAUAUCCAGAAGCUGAAAGGCUACCUAGAUCCAGCAGUAACAAGGAAGAAGUUUCGCAGAAGAGUGCAGGAGUCCACUCAAGUGCUAAGGGAGCUGGAGAUAUCUUUGCGGACAAAUCACAUAGGGUGGGUACGGGAAUUUCUCAAUGAAGAAAAUAAAGGACUGGAUGUACUGGUGGAAUAUCUUUCCUUUGCACAAUAUGCAGUCACGUUUGACUUUGAGUGUCUGGAGAAUAAUGUAGAAAACAAUGUUGACAAGUCGAAACAUUGGAGCCGGUCCAUUGAGGACUUACAUAGAGGUGGCAACCUACCUUCUCCUGUUGGGAAUAGUAUUACUCGGUCAGGCAGACAUUCUACCUUAAGGUAUAAUACUUUGCCAAGCAGAAGGACGUUAAAGCACUCAAGAUUAGUGAGUAAAAAGGACGACGUCCACGUCUGUGUCAUGUGUUUGCGGGCGAUCAUGAAUUACCAGUAUGGUUUCAACAUGGUCAUGUCCCAUCCACAUGCUGUCAAUGAGAUUGCACUAAGUCUGAACAAUAAGAACCCCAGAACAAAAAAACUUGUAUUAGAACUGCUAGCAGCUGUCUGCCUUGUCCGCGGAGGACACGAAAUCAUUUUAUCAGCGUUCGAUAACUUCAAGGAGGUGUGCGGCGAGAAGCAGAGAUUUGAGAAGCUCAUGGAACAUUUCAGGAAUGAAGACAACAAUAUUGAUUUUAUGGUGGCCUGUAUGCAGUUCAUUAAUAUCGUAGUCCAUUCUGUAGAAGACAUGAAUUUCAGAGUCCAUCUUCAGUAUGAAUUCACCAAAUUAGCCUUGGAUGAAUAUCUGGAUAAACUGAAGCAUACGGAGAGUGACAAGCUUCAGGUCCAGAUUCAGGCCUAUCUAGAUAAUGUGUUUGAUGUUGGUGCUCUACUGGAGGAUGCGGAGACCAAGAACGCAGCACUGGAGAGAGUGGAAGAACUGGAAGAAAACAUUUCUCAUCUUUCUGAAAAGCUCCUAGACACAGAAAAUGAAGCGAUGUCAAAAAUUGUAGAACUGGAAAAACAGCUCAUGCAAAGACAUAAAGAACUGGAAAUUGCUCUGGAAGUCUGUAAAGAUGCAAAUACACAAGUCAGCACGCUGCGUAAAAUGGUCAAGGAGAAGGAGGAAGCCAUUCAGAGACAAUCCACUCUGGAAAGAAAGAUCCAUGAGUUGGAAAAACAGGGGACUCUUAAAAUUCAGAAGAAAGGCGAUGGAGAUUUAUCCAUCAUGUCGAUGGUGACGGGGGGUGUGCCGUCAGGGGCAGAGGUGGUGCCUGGAGCAUCAAUAUGUACUGGUAUGCCACAGACUGGACAUCCUGUGCCUGCUGGAGCACCCGCAAGUGUAUCAGGAACUUCUGUAUCUUCAGCAGCAACCCCUCCACCUCUACCUCCUUUGUCCUCAAACACUGGGGAAGUGGAAACUGGUGCUACACCAGCAGCCAUGCCACCUGCACCGCCUCCCCCACCUCCUCCUCCACCACCUCCUCCACCACCACCACCUCCUCUACCAACUGCAGAGUAUCCAGUUCCUCCACCUCCUCCUCCUCCACCAGGAGCUCCUCCUUUUCCAGGAACCGCCUCACCCACAGUUAUAUUUAACUCAGGACUUGCAGCUGUGAAAAUUAAGAAGCCCAUCAAGACUAAGUUCAGGAUGCCAGUAUUCAACUGGGUUGCUCUAAAACCCAACCAGAUCAAUGGCACAGUCUUCAAUGAAAUCGACGAUGAAAGGAUACUGGAGGAUUUAAAUGUUGAUGAAUUUGAGGAAAUUUUCAAGACGAAAGCCCAGGGCCCGUCCAUUGACAUCAGCUCCAGCAAGCAGAAAGUAGCACCUAAAUGCUCUAACAAAGUGACGUUGCUAGAGGCCAACAGAGCCAAGAACCUGGCCAUCACCUUGAGGAAAGCGGGCAAGACAGCAGAGGAAAUCUGCCGAGCCAUUCAGCAGUUUGACCUGAAAACACUUCCCGUGGAUUUUGUAGAAUGUUUGAUGAGGUUCAUGCCCACAGAGGCUGAGGUGAAGAUGUUACGGACUUAUGAGCGGGAGAAAAAGCCUUUGGAGAACGUGUCGAAUGAGGAUCGCUUUAUGAUGCAGUUUAGCAAGAUAGAGCGGCUGAUGCAGAAGAUGACCAUCAUGGCGUUCAUUGGAAAUUUCUCAGAAAGCAUCCAGAUGUUAACACCGCAACUUCAUGCAAUAAUAGCUGCCUCGGUCUCCAUUAAGUCUUCUCAGAAGCUAAAGAAAAUACUUGAGAUUAUAUUGGCUCUUGGGAAUUACAUGAACAGCGGUAAACGUGGAGCCGUGUAUGGGUUCAAACUUCAAAGCUUAGACUUGCUUCUGGACACCAAGUCAACGGACAGAAAACAGACAUUGUUGCACUAUAUAUCCAAUGUUGUACGGGACAAGUACUCGCUGGUCGCCCUGUUCUACAAUGAGAUCCACUAUGUGGAGAAAGCUGCCGCAGUCUCUCUUGAAAAUGUCCUUUUGGAUGUAAAAGAACUUCAGCGAGGAAUGGAUCUGACGAAACGAGAGUACACCAUGCACGAUCACAACGUAAUGCUCAAAGAAUUCAUACAUAACAAUGAAGGGAGGCUGAAGAAGUUGCAGGAUGAUGCCAAAAUCUCGCAAGAUGCCUUUGAUGAUGUGGUGAAAUAUUUUGGUGAAAAUCCGAAGACCACUCCUCCAUCUGUGUUCUUCCCAGUUUUCGUCCGAUUUGUGAAAGCCUACAAGCUAGCAGAUGAGGAGAACGAGAUGAGGAAAAAACAGGAACAGGCCCUCAUAGAGAAACUUCUAGAACAAGAAGCCAUGAUGGACCAACAAGAUCAAAAGUCUCCACAUAAAUCUAAGCUUAAACAGCAGGAGUUAAUAGCGGAGCUGAGGAAGAAACAAGUUAAAGAUAAUAGACAUGUGUAUGAGGGCAAAGAUGGCGCCAUUGAGGAUAUCAUCACAGAUCUUAGAAGCCAGCCCUAUAGGAGAGCCGACGCGGUGAGAAGAAGCGUAAGGAAGCGAUUUGACGACCAGAACCUGCGCUCUGUCAAUGGUGCUGAAAUAUCCGUAUGAGACGGAGAAUUCGCCACACGCGCGCGCGUGUGUGUGUGACGUAUCCCUUGCACAAUACACAAGGCGCCGCCCUCGCCGUGACUGCAGCUUUGUAAACAAUGCCGUUUUUUUAAACCUUUGAACUGACAAGGGCUUAAACUGGACAAAAAAAAAAAAAUGUGCAUAGUGACUGAAACACGCUGAGCUGUCCACUCUGAACAGAUGUGUAUCCGACUGUAGCUAACAAGUGCCUAAAUCCAAAAUACCUGGUCAGACAGAUCCAAGCAAUAGAUGGGGUUUGGUCAGGUAGCAUUCACACCAAUACGUUACUCAGUAUUUUUAACCAAAAUGUAAAAUAUAUGAUUUUACUUUUGUUACAUACAUGUCAAAAAGAGCGACCGCCAGUAGCUGCUGUGGGUUUCUCGAUGAUUUGUAAAUAAGUGAAACUGAAGUACGGACCGGCCGAAGGGGGUCCCGAAGAAGCAUUAGCGUGCUGUCAGUCUUGUGCUUACGUUGCACUUAAUGGUCAUUAAAGAAGAACUCCAGCCUAAGUAGAACGCUGGUUAUUUUAAAGGUACACUCCAGGCAAACGUGACUUUUUGCAUUGAUACUCCUUCAGGUGACUUGACCUACCUACUUUGUAGAUGGCCUCCUUGCUACAGCUGUAUGGCUGCCGUUCUUAUUUCCGGAUUCAAGUAUGAAAAUGCAGGCUAGGCGUUCCUGGUUCCAAGCACCCUUUGCAGUUCCCAGAGGGAGGUUGCACAGCACAGAGUCAUGUGACAGGAGCCUGGGCCAGAGCUACAGCAAGAAGUCUGCCUUAUCUAGUUACAGUUGUGUAAAACUCAGAAUGUAAAUGUAAAGUGUGCUAAAAAGAUAA